UUACCGAUCUUGCUCCACGCCGUUCUGAAUUGGCUCUUGUCCUUUUGUGUAACACCGCUCCUUAUCCUCCCCCAGAGGAGCUUCCGUAUUCCGCUCCGCACCCUCUACUCCGCAUCUCGUAUUCCGCGCCGCAACCCCUCUCCUCCUUCAUCAGCAGCCUUCUUCGGCGGCUCCCGUGGACUGUUGUAACCUCCUCCCGCCUCGUCGAAACGUCUCUCCUUACCGACUACACUCCCUCCCUCUCACACCGUCUCCCAGCGCUCCCAUGAGCGCCGGCAACUACGCCGCUUCGUCCACUGGCAAGACCUCGUCCGAUUCCGGACCCUCACCAGCCCUGGAUCGUUGGUCGCAACGUCGCCUGCAGCGGCUCAACACCGAGCAGGGCUUCCGCGAGCAGCGGCAGGGUGGUGGUUCGGGCAGCAUCUCCACUCCGCCCCUUCCCACGGGCGGAGAUCACCAACAGCAGCAGCACGCACCACCGACAUCCUCCCACAGCAGCCGCAGCUACUCCAACUCGGGCGGCUCAUAUGCCGGAGCUGAUCUCCCGCCAGCACUGCCCUCAGCUCCGCCGCAGGCUGCGCAACCGGGUUACCAACAGCUCUCCCGGACCGGGUCACAGCCGAGUGCGGGACUGAACAACAACAAUCAAACGCAAUCUUCUCGAGCUCCUCAGUACCAGGACCCGCAACCACAAUACUCUCCGACCGAUCACAACGCUCGACCGGGUUUGACGUCAACGCGAAGUUUCACUCAGCAAUCCGUCACUGCGGAGGAAUCCACAUCAAUGUCGAAUCAUGCGCCAAUGCCGGCGCAGAAACCGGCAGGAAGAAGCACGAAUGGGAACAAUCGGCAGAGCGUGCACAGUGGCAUGAUGUCUCGUGAUGGACAGACGCAAAACUACAAGACAGAGCAGGUGGGGCGCGGCACACCUCAGCCGGCGCAGAGUGGCGAGGAGAUGAGUGAAGAGGAGGUCACUCAGCUGGUCAAGGACCACAAGGAGCUCCGCGAGAAGUACACCAAGGUGAAGAAGUACUAUUUCGAAAAGGAAGACCAGGUCAAACAGCUGCAGAACAGUCUCGCACACCAACGCCUCUCCCAAUCACGAACCUCACUCGACGACAGCGAAUACACCACACGAUUCAACCGCCUAGACGGCCUCAUCGCCCAACUCGCAUUCAGCAUUCGCAAAAGCUGGAAAAGCAUACCCCAAUGGCUCGUCACAUCCGUCAACCGCGAUGCCGUGGCCACAGGAAAACAAGAGAUGACCGCCGCAGGCCGCGCCUUCAUCUCCUACUGGCUGGUGGAGGAAGUCUUUGAGAAAUACUUCCACCCGGACCUCGAUCCGGCCAUGUCCAUUCAACUCCGGCAGAUUCAACGCAACAUGCGUCGAUAUGCUCCUCUCCCCCAAACCGCUGAAGAGGAAGAGUAUCUCACAUCCAAAGUGGUCAAUUGGCGUCUGGCGACCCUGGAAGGAUUGACCGAUGCCCUGCGUGCUCCACAAUGUCCCGAAAACCGUCAGCGUCUGACGGAUACUCUGAAGGACAGCCUGGUCGCCGCGAUUGCUACCCAUUUGACAGAACCAACUCCUUCCGACCUCGAAGGUGGCGUUCACAUGAUCGUCGAGCUGGUCGUGAGCAUCGCCAUCCACUUACCGUUGGAAUCCCGCGAUGUGGUCAUAGAAUACUACACGCCCGGCCAUCCGAUCAUGCCCGAUAACAUGAAACUCGAAUCCGGCAUCCCACCUCUGACGACUUCUGUUGCCGAUGAAGUCGCCGAGCGCUCAUCCCUCAAAUCCGCCAACUCCGAUGUCGUCGAUCUCAACGAAGGAGGAGGCAGCGGCGAGAACCAUCCGAGUAAGAAGAGAAGUAUGCUGUCCGCUCUGACGGGGAGUGGAGGUAAGAACAAAAUUCCUUCCGCUCAGGGGAAGCAUACAGGAGCGGCAGGGAGUUCGAGCUCGCUGGGCAGGCCGGAGAGCGCGUCGGGCCAUGGCAAGGAGCCAGGACCGCCGAGGGUCCGGAUGGCGGCGGGAAUUGCGGUCAGCGUGAGAGGACGGACGGUUCUGGUCAAGGCGCCGGUGUUUGGGACGUCAUGA